UAACCAUGAAACGACUUGACAUCGUUGAGUUUACUGUCUGCACCCAUUUAUCCCAGAGAUUAUGAUCACGAACCGUCUUGUUUGGAAAACGGGAAACAGCAACAUGUUAGAAAUCGUCUUCAACUGCAACGGUCAAGCUGUAAAUUCCGGUGCUCCCUGCACACACUCAACAAAUGAUGCCGAUUAAAGAAACAGCUCUUGAAGAAUGGAGGCCUGGUGUGGACCAGCUGGACUCAGAGACCCUCAACAUAAAAGAGGAAGAGGAGGAAUCUUGGACCAGUCAGGAGAGAGACCAACUCAAUGUGAAGGGGGAGACUGAAGUCACCAGGUUUUCAGUCACUGCACUUAAUUUGAAAAGUGAAGGUGAUGAUGAGAAGCCUCUGUUCUCACAGCAUCAUCAGCAUCAAGUGGAGAACAGAGAUUUUCCAACCAGCAGCUCAGCUGAUCAGCUGGAAAUAGCUGAUGCAGAGGAUUGUGGAGAGGCAGAAACCACCAGAAACUCAGAUCUAAAUACGCACAUGGAUGAUUCCAGCUCAUCAGAGACUGAACUCAGUGAGGAUUAUGAAGAUGACGAGGAUGUAAACUAUCCUGACUCUCAGCUUAAGGACUUGUUUGACUCUGGUCCUAAAACUGAAGACAGUAACAAAGAGUGGGAGGGCAGCAGGUCUCCUGAGUCAGGUGUAAACACUGAGUGUGGUAAGCAGUAUGUCAACAACCAGUCUCUUCAGAAGCACAUGACAUGUCAUCCAGGGAUAAAGUCUUCAAGCUGUGUGGUUAAAAAGAGAAAUGUUAGAGUGAAGAACAAUGGAGAGUCGCACAAGAAAAUACAGACCAAACCAAAGGCGUUUAAAUGUCAUGACUGUGAUAAAAGGUUUAACAGCAAAAACGAUCUAAACAGACACAUGAGAGUCCACACAGGAGACAAACCAUUUUUUUGUGAUCUCUGUGAAAAAAGUUUUAGCCAAAUGUCACAUUUAAACAUGCACAUGAGAAUCCACACAGGAGACAAACCAUUUUCUUGUGAUGUUUGUGGACAAAGAUUUAGCCGUAGUGGCAAUUUAAAUUCCCACAUAAGAGUCCACACAGGCGACAAACCUUUUUCUUGUAAUGCUUGUGGGCAAAGAUUUAGACAAACUUCUAAUCUAAACUCGCACAUGAGAACCCACACAAGGGACAAAUCAUUUACUUGUGAUGUUUGUGGACAAAGAUUUAACCAUAAGUCAACUUUAAACUCCCACCUGAAAAUCCACACAGGAGAUAAACCUUUUUUUUGUGAUGUUUGUGGACAAAGAUUUGGCCGCAGUGACAGUUUAAACUCCCACAUGAGAGUCCACACUGGUGACAAACCAUUUCGUUGUGAUGUUUGUGGACAGAGAUUUAGCCGUAGUAGUAAUUUAAACUCCCACAUGAGAGUCCAUACAGGUGAGAAACCAUUUCCGUGUGAUUUUUGUGGACAAAGAUUUAGCCACAAGUCAACUUUAAAAGCACACCUGAGAGUCCACACAGGAGACAAACCUUUUUCUUGUGAUAUUUGUGGACAGAGAUUUAGACAAAGGUCAUCUUUAAAUUCUCACCUGAUAAGCCACAAAGACAAAGCAUUUCCUUGUCAUGUUUGUGCACAAAGAUUUAGCCAUAAGGAUAAUUUAAACAGGCAUUUAAGAAUCCACACAGACAAGAAAACAUCUCCUAGAAACUCACAUGACAUCACACAGAACUGA